GGAGCGCGGAUGUUGUCCCAGCAUGCUGCGCGCCGUGGGCGGUGGCAGCCAAUGAGCGCGGAGGACGCGGGAGGGACACGGCAAGGUGAGCGGCCGCCGCCGCAGCCCCGGGCGCAGCCGUGCAGGUUAAGCAAAAUGCAGGCUCCUCUGGCUCUCCUCGGCUCCCCGGCGGUGUUCCGGUGCUGCUCCAGGGCUCUGGCCAGACCAGUUUCUGUGUCUGUUUUCAGCAGGCCUGAGCUUCAGACUCUACAGCCACCCAGCCUGUCCCCCCCGCUGCUCGCCCGCCGUGACUUCCAGACCAGCGCCGCUUCCCGGGAUAUCGACACUGCCGCCAAGUUCAUCGGCGCCGGGGCUGCCACGGUCGGGGUGGCCGGCUCAGGAGCAGGGAUUGGGACUGUGUUUGGCAGCUUGAUCAUUGGCUAUGCCAGGAACCCAUCCCUCAAGCAGCAGCUUUUCUCCUACGCCAUCCUGGGCUUUGCCCUGUCCGAGGCCAUGGGGCUCUUCUGUUUGAUGGUGGCAUUCCUGAUCCUCUUCGCUAUGUGACAACUCAUCCUGGCUGUGGCUUCCAUCACUCUGCGGUUCGAGCCUGCUUCCAUCCCAGCGCUCCAGACUGACAAGUAAAGAAAAGAUUUCUCUAAAUAAA